AUGGCUAUGGCAUCAUCCAAGGCCAUAAUGACGACUACAGAGGCCACCGCUAUCACGUCGUUUCCGAUCACAAUCUACGAAAAUCCCAUGCCAUAUUCACAACGGCAGCUACUUCGCCAUGACCAUCGACAGCCUUAUAGACUCCACACGGAUAAAAAGAUCCCUAAACUAAAAUUUGGAGAUUUAUUGGUGGAAGUGUAUGGGAUUGGCUUGAACCCAGCCGACUGGAAAUCUGCGGACUUGGGAUGUCUUCUUCCGUCUCCAUGUGGCUUGAAUGGACGUGAGUUCAUUGGCAGAAUCAUAGCUGCAGAGAUCGAUCCAAAAUGUAGCCUUCAGCUAGGAGAGUGGGUCCUUGCCGUGCCUACAGACUAUCGAGAUGUCAGGAAGUCGACGUUUCAAGAAUAUACCAUUGUCUGCUGCUAUAACGCAAUUCGAAUUCCCAAGCAUGUCGAUCCGUUUAAAGUCGCUUCCAUGGGUGUCGCCUACGUUGCAGCAGGCCUCUCUCUUGGAGUCUGUCUAGGUGUCACUUUUACAAAGGGCCCAAAGAAGAGAGAGUUUAAUCUUCUGGAGAUUGCUAGGAGACGCCCGGAAGAUAUACCUGACGAUAUCAUCGACGAAGUCUUUGAUGCUUUAGCCCCUUGCUACCAAGCGCAGCCUGGGGAAUGGCUCUUAGUCUAUGGAGCGUCUACCAUGACUGGCCAGAUUAUAAUUCAGCUAGCUAAGCUGGGAGGACUGAAAGUUGUGGGUGUUGCCGAACUAAGUAAACACCAGCAGCUUUUACAAUCACUCGGAACGGACAUUCUAGUUGAAAGCAGCGAUCUCGAUCAAGCUAAGCGCGACAUCAAACAGCUUGUUCCAGGCUCACUAAGAUUUGCUGUCGACACUGUUGGGCCACAAACCGCUGCGUGGUGCCAAGAAGUCCUUGCAGAACGCACAAGUGGCAGCAAACUCAGCCACCUUGUUGCUCUAGCAGCCCCCCCUACAACAUAUUCACCCAACAUCCAGGUUCAUACAGUACCGAUCAAGCUUUUCCAUACGAGUCAAUAUGUUGGUGGCUAUCUGAGUAAGUGGCUAUAUGAGUUGCUUGAUAUGCACAAGCUGCUGCUUCCGGAAGUCGAACGAAUACCAGGUGGCCUCGAUGCUAUAAAUGAAGCUUUAGAAAUAUUAAAACAAGGUAAAACAGCGGGAAAGGGAAUAGUGAUUCGAAUUAAAGAGCCUAAUACUUUGAUUGGAAGUCUUUCUCAAGCAUGA